ACUUCAUGAAAAUGAGGCGAAGAUUGUUUGAUCUUACCUUCAAAAUACUCCUUCCAAUUUGCACAUAUUCUCAUAGAAAGUGUGUGCCAACAUUGAGUCAUUUGCAAUGGCUAAAUCUGUUAUUUGGAUUGUUGGGUUAUGCUUUGCGAUGGUUGGCAAUGUAGUUUACGGCUCUCAUAUGAAUGACAAAAAUCCUAAGCCUUCUUCAAUAAGGCAGCCUUAUAGGACUGCCUACCAUUUCCAACCUCCCAAAUAUUGGAUGAACGAUCCCAAUGGACCGAUGUACUUGAAUGGAGUUUACCAUCUGUUCUAUCAAUACAAUCCUUAUGCUGCAGUGCCGCGCAACAAGUCAUGGGGUCAUUCAGUAUCAUAUGAUCUUGUUAAUUGGAUUCAUCUUGAGCAUGCACUUGAUCCAGUGGAUCCUUAUGACUUCAAUGGCUGCUGGUCUGGUUCAACCACAUUCCUUUCCGAGGGAAAACCUGCCAUUCUCUACCCAGGAGUUGAUACUAAAAGUCGUCAAGCUCAAAAUUUGGCACUGCCUAAGAACCUUUCUGACCCCUUCCUUAGAGAAUGGGUAAAAUCUCCUCGUAAUCCUCUUAUGACCCCCAUUGAUGGUAUUGACCAGAAGUAUUUUAGAGAUCCAACAACUGCUUGGAAAGGUCCUGAUGGUUUAUGGAGAAUCUUAGCUGGAAACCAAAUGAAUGGCGUUGGAACAGCACUUCUAUAUCGAAGCAGAGAUUUUGUUAGUUGGAGUAGAAGUAAGGUUCCUCUUCACUCCUCCAACAAAACAGAUAUGUGGGAGUGUCCUGAUUUCUAUCCUGUUGCCAUCAAUGGUAAAAUUGGAGUUGACACCUCGUCAUUAGAUAAAUCAAACAAGCAUGUGCUCAAGGCAAGCUUCAAUCACCAUGAUUACUAUGUACUAGGAAAGUACACGCCCAAAGGAGACAAAUUUUCAGUUGACAUUGACUUUAUGAAUACUAGUUCGGAUUUGAGAUACGACUGUGGAAAGUUUUAUGCUUCAAAGACAUUUUUUGACAGUGGAAUGAAGAGGCAUAUCUUGUGGGGAUGGGUAAAUGAGUCUGACAGUGAAUCGGAUGAUAUCAAGAAAAGUUGGUCCGGGCUUCAGGUGAUGUCCUCAUUGAGAGAAGGGCCUGACAAAACUACCUAUGGAGCUUUCAUUAACAUAGAUCUUCGUCACGAAAAGAUUUCUCUGAGGACUUUGAUUGAUCAUUCCAUAAUUGAGAGCUUUGGUGGGGAGGGGAGAGCAUGCAUCACUGCCAGAGUUUAUCCCAAGCUGGCCAUUGAUAAUCAAGCCUACCUAUAUGCAUUCAACAACGGCACUUUUGAUGUCACUAUUUCAACCCUCAAUGCCUGGAAUAUGAAGAAAGCUCAAAUAGUUUCUGCCACUGCCACAAAAAGAAGAAAGCCAUAUCUCAACUGAAACAACAUCAGUCAACUGCGACCACAUCAUUUUAGCAAGUUUAAUAUCAUUCUUCUUCAGUCACCCUUUCACUUAAUAAUAGUAGCAUCUUUGCCUUAUGCUCCCGUAGGCGGUAUCACUUAAGACAACAACCUUUUUGACGUUACCAACUCUAUGUUUUUGUUCACUUUUGGUACAAGAAUUAAUUAUAACUAGUACUGAGUUCAAUUAUGAAUCUAAUACUAUGUACCACUUUUCUUAAAACUUUUGAAUGUCCAAUUAAAUCUAACCUUUUCGAUUCAACAUGAAGCUAUUAUAAAAAUAUAAUAUGCUGAGUAAAAGUCAAGACACAAUUAAGAAUCCACAAUUAGAUAGUUUUGGAAAUUCAAAGGGAUGAUUGAUUGUAUCUUCCGUACGGUUAGAGAAGAAGGCAUUCUUUCUUUAUGGAGAGGCAAUGGAACUAAUUUUCUCAGAUAUUACCCUUCUGUUGCUCUUAAUUUCUCCCUCAAGGUAAUAAAUUUAUCAAAUUUGUCAUCUUUCCCUUUUUUCCUCUUGGUUUUUGGUAUGAAGUGGAAUGAACGGAGUGAUUUUUUUGGAUAUUUAGAAUGAAUUAAUGGGUUGGCAUGGUUGUUUUAGUCUUAGUAGAUCUUAUUUGGAGAUGGGUUGUUGAAAUUUCGGAGUUUUGGGAGGUGAUAUUGUGUGCAUGUGAACUGAAUGAUAUAAUGUUUCUUCGAGAUGUGAUGUUAUUCUUAUUACAUUGGAUGUACUUAACUCGAGAUACUAAUUUGUUCAAUUUCUUAACAGGAGAUUCUAGGGAAAGAGACCUUACCCAGUUGAUUUGUUUGUCCACGUAGCUACUUGCAACUGUAAUUUCCUCAGGGCAUUGCUGUUUGUGCAAUUACUGGUAUAAUUCCCACGUCAAUCUUAGUUUGAUAAUGAUUCCUAGGUCAAUCUUAUUCAUGGAGACUUGAGAAUUUGAGAAACCUAUCUCCUGUAAUAAUAUCCUAAUCUCCAAGCUGAAUUUUGUUUAGCCUACUUAUUAGGUAAGGGACCAAAUUGCGGUUCUUUUUUGCUUUUUUCCCGUUUCCAUCUUGUCCUUGGAAAAUGUCUUCGUUUGAGUUAAUAAGUCUGGUGAAUUUAUGAAACAUGCUAGUCUGUAACUUUUCUUUUAUCAGCAAGUCCAAUCUUAUAGUGUCCUUUAUGGCACCAGUUCCAAUAUAGCCUGCAAGGAAACUAGAAAUCCUUGGACAUGGACAAACUUAUUGGUCAUUUUACUUCCAUGUAGAACCUUUGAUAGUCUUAUUCCUAUUGCUCAACCUUAUCUCAACUGCUAUAGAUGCUUUCUUGCUAUUUUUCAGAUGGUUAGCAAUUUUCCAUGAAGAUGAGGCUUUUUAUUCUCUUUUAAUUCUUUUUGUUUUCGGCAUGCACGGAUUUUUGGCUUUAAUCGAUAAAAAUUAGAGCAUUUAGAAUGGUUAUAGAAGGACCAGUUAUAGAGGACAAGUUAUAGAAGAUAUGAUAUGAAGUUAGCAAUUUUAUCACGUUUUUAUUUUGGCCAAAGAAAGGAAAUUUUAUCAUCGAUUAAUUAUCUUAGAGAAUGGGGAAAUUGAUAGAGAGGUCACUCAUAGAAUCCAGAUCUGCGGGAUGGCACAGGGAAAUGCAUCAGGAAUCUUAACUGAUUGUAAAAUUUCACAGUUCGGCUGUCAAACUAGCAAUGUUGUAUUGGUUUCAAUGCUGGACUACAAGUAUUAACAUAUGGAAAAAAAAAAAAAACGUGGCUUAGAUGGGAAUGUUAUUCUAGAUGUCUGUAGUGCAUAUAUAUUGAAAGAUACAAUUAGAAAUAUGAGAGAAGUGACAGGAUACUUACCCAUUGAGGACAAAUGAGGCCAUCCUCAUGUAAGGUGCCCAUGUAAGGAGGAGAAAUACAAAUUGUACAUAAGAUGUGAUUUGACCAAGAAUAUAACUUCUGUGUCAAGAAAAAUAUAUGAAGACUAAAGAGGACAUGGAUGGAAACCAAAAAAAAAAAAAACCUUGCUUACUGAGUUUGCGAGGGAUGUAUUCCUGAAUAGUGCUCAAUGAUGCAAUAUAUUCAUAUAGCCAACUCUACCUAAUGGGAAAAUACAUAGUUUGUAAUGAUAGGAUUCUUUGUGUGAGUUCUAAUAUAUCACCUAGGUUAUGAAUCUUUGAGAAUGGUUGAAGCUUCUAGCACCCUUUUGUGUAGUGUAAAUUACUGGAAUCACAUUUUUGGCAGAAAAUGGUUGGAAUAUUAUUUUGGUGGCUCUGCAGAGUAUAAGGAAAACACGUGAGAUAUAAUAUACCUUUAUA